AUGGCUGAGCGAAGCGCAGUACUUGUGGAAAACAGCCCACGUGAGGUUACCGAUAGUUCAGCUGAGAUAAGCGACUUGGCAAAGCGGUUUGGUGCUCGUCUGUAUCAUGAUGCAUCGCUUGUUGAUCAGCUUCGAAAUGUCAAUAGAGAGAAGUCUUUCGUGGAGCAGUUACGCGACCUAUUAUCGUGCAACAAUCUGCCAUCACGAAUUGUCAAUGCAGCCAGUAUAUUAAGUCAUUCCUUCCUGGUACAGUUAGCCCAAGCUGCCACCAUAUGUAAGGAGAUCGACGUGCAAACUUCAAUUCGGGUGACGGAGUUGCCGGUUUUAACUAAAGAGUUGCGCGAUAAUGCUACUGAUGUGCCCAAUGGAACUCUAACUCAAUUACUAUCCACAUGUCUGAGGAUCUCGGUGGCCACCUAUCCAUUCCUGAGGCGUUCACUGCAACCCAGGAAGAUGUGUCAUCGUCUGCCUUCAGCUCUGACCAAAGUGCAGGUCAAGCCGCUGGAAGCAUGGUCAGUUGCACAUUCUCAUGAAGUUUUUGUUGAAGAACCCGCUGGUAAAGCAAGUCCACGAACUCCAAGGGUGUCAGAAUCACCAUGGCGACCGUCUUCACGUCGUCUUCAUCUUGAGGAAGUAGAUAUCUCUACCAGUCAAGAGACCGAUUCCAUAGAAGUGAUCUCAGUGAGCACUCCUCAAGCACGUCGCCGACUGGUUGAAUGCUCUAGUACUGCUUCAAGAAAGAACAUUAGUGAUGCGAAUGACGAAAACGGUGUUGUAGAAGACGAGCACUCAACAAAAGAAAGCUCUGAUUCGAGUCAUCAGGAUGAAGAGCACACAUACAACCAAGUAUCUCAGAUAGCUAGUGAAUAG